AUGACACUGUUUUAUCCAGGAUCACUUCAGGAGGGCAUUGCUCUCGCCGUCAAGGAUGCUAAAGGGGUGAUCUGUUUUGUCCGAGACGACUCGGAAUUGAGUACUACAUGGGAGGAUAGUCACUUCACGGACGGGGAUAUUGCGGAAGCACUCAACACUAAAGCCGUUGUGUUGCGCUUGACAGCAGGCUCGCAGGAAGCUGGAUUCUUAACUUCUUUCUGUCCGGUCUUGAAGUUUCCAACAGUUGUACUAAUCAAGAACGGCACGCUGAAGGAGUAUAUGGGACCAGAAGUCUCAAAGGAAGACUUCCGCAGUAGAUUACUUGCGGCUUUGGGAGAUGAAAGUGCGCCCAGCCCUGUGCCACAAGCGCAGGUGAAUGCUGCUCCUACUGCUUCGGCUAGUGCUUCGUCCUCGCCCGUGACCCCUGUGCCCCAGGCUCAAGUCCCACCCACUGCUAGCCCUACGCGGUCUACACCGAAACAGAGCAGUGAGGCUGCCAUAAAGAAGCGAAUCAUGAGCACCACGCUUUCCAAGAAACAUGCAACACCGGCAAAUUCUGAGAGCAACAAGGUGAUCAAGGACACCAAAGAUCAAGCCAACUCCCCGGAGAAGAAAGAUAAAGGCAAAGCACCGGCAUCUCAGAAACCUACCAGCAAGAGUGUUGGGGAGAACGCAUCUACUGGCGAGCCACCCGAACCUAAACCCGCAGUUCCUCGGGGACCCCCAACCCAAUAUCGGCUACAAGUACGUCUUUUUGAUGGAAGCUCCGUGCGGUCUAGCUUCAAACCAACCCAGAGCAUUCGAAACGAUGUGCGACCCUGGCUUGACCAACAGAUGGAAGGAGACAGCCGACCAUACAACCUCAAGCACAUUCUCAACCCCCUUCCCAGUGAAACACUCUCCGUCACACAGGAGUCGCAGACUCUUCAGAACUUAGGUAUUGGUUCUACGGCAAAUUUAGUCAUGGUUCCAGUGUCGACAUACACAGAGGCAUACUCGGCAGCUGGAAGCUUGCCAGUCCGCGGCAUCUCUGCCGUCUACAAUCUUGCCUCUUCUGCUGCAAGCACUGCAACAGGUCUUGUCGGCUCAUUCCUUGGAUAUGGCGCAGCCGCACCAGCCAACGACACAGCCCCCUCUACAUCGUCCUCUCCGGCUCCUGGUAGCAACCCCCGCACCAGGAAUACAGGGCUUAACAUUCGGACCUUGAGAGAUCAGCAGAAUGAGCAGGGGAAUAGCCAGUUGUACAACGGGAACCAGUUGAACUUCCAGCCGCGGAAUGACCAGGAUGGAAAGGAUAAGUGA